AUGAUGACAGUCCACCAAUAUCUGAACGAACUGGUUGACACAGAUGUUGUUCGUGAACAAAUCUUAAAACAUCGUCCGAAGUUAGAACGACUUCUAUCAGACUAUCGCCCUCCCUUGGUUGAGAAGAUCAGUGACUUUGACCUGGAUGUCAUCGAAGUGUCAGAUGGGUGCGCAUUCCGAAUUUCUGCAAGAGCAUUUUUCGAAUACGAAGAGGAAGACUUUCGUGGAAAGUGUGCACACGCAUUUGUGCCGUAUGAUUGUCUUUCGCCGCCCGAUCCUGGCGUUUUCGCAGAAGGAAUUUUUAUCUACACUUGUCUAGAUCAAAGGGAAUAGGUCCAUUAAAUUGGGAGUAAAUGAACGAAAAAGUAUCUGGUAAUGUUAGUGAAAGUCUCUUCAUUUAUUCUUAGAAUGCAUAACCUCUCAGCCAUGGAACUGGCCCAAAUACCUUGAUUGUCAAUGGAGUGAUGAAGCAAGAAGCGUGUUGAGUAAGGCAGAUAUCAGAUAUGAAUUUUUAUCUAGACUUGUCUAGGUCAAAGGGAAUAGGUCCAUUAAAAUGGGGUAAAUGAACGAAAAAGUAUCUGGUAAUGUUUGUGAAAGUCUCUUCAUUCAAUUUUAGAAUUGGUAACCUCACGGCCCGGGAACUGUCCGAAAUUUAAAUAAUUGGUCACCGAUUUGAAGAUAUUGCUCACGGUUUUCAAUUCCAUCAUAAGACCUGUUUUUAGAAUAUGCCUGCCUAGUUUGGCAUUUUAAUAUUCAACAAUAUUUGAGUGAUCAGAUUGAGAAAGUCCAAAAACGCGCACUAAGAACCAUAUUGUCUUCAUUAAGCUAUUGGCAGGCACGUGAACUGACCGACCUCCCAUUACUAAAAACAAGACGUGAUGAACUAUGUGACCAAUUCUUCGCGAAGAAUUAAGGUAACAGACUAACAGUAAAGUUUACGAACAUCUGAUUUGUAAAACUUCGUUAGAUGACACGAGGUCAAAAUGUAAAUAUAAAAACUUUUUAUGCAGAACGGACAGAUUUGAAAACUCGUUUUUACCACGAACUAUCUCUAAAGAAAAUAGUAAAUAGAUCUAUUGUAUUUUAAAAUUUUUACUAUAAACAUCAAGUAGUUAAUUCUCAUUGUAAAUAUAAUGAAGUUUUCUAUUGUAAAGACCGAUGCAAUUUAACCUACGGUUACAGUUAGCGUCUUUGUUCUUAAUAUUGUAGGAUGUGUGCUGUGCAAUGGGCGAAACCGCCAACCAACAUCGAGCGGUUGCCUUUGCCCAGAACUGCUCCGCGACAUUGGCAGAUUAGCGUCGAAAAAUACGAAGGUACCACCUCGGCCCUUGCAAGGAAUUAAAAUUCCACGUGCAGCAUUGGACCAACUGUUCCUGGAUUGGAUUGACUAUCAUAAGUUUUACAUGAUUAUCAAAAAUCAACAAACUGCAGUUUCACUAUCUGUCCGAGUGUUUCUACAAAGGAAUGAGCAUUUUGUAUGCCAGUAUGAUGAGAAUAGUGCAUGUCAUCGAUAGCCUAUGUCAGCUAAAUGGAUUCUGUCAUGGUUGUAGUUUAAAUACUAGUUUAUUUUAUUACCUGCAGUAACUAUUAUUACUAAUUGAUAAUAUUUUACAAACAGAUGCUGGUGUUGGAGAAAACCCCAGAGAAGAAUACAAUUCAGUCCAGGGGUCCAAUGACGUCACUCCUACCAGACAGCUCUUACCAGACUUUGAGACUGUCACUGCA